AUGGGCAAGUCUCUCAUGGACAAGAUCCAGGCCAAGCUGGAGCUCUUCCGUCUCGAGCAACGCUACACCCGCCGCCGUCACCGACGUUCCACCUUCGUCUCCAACGCCGUCUACGUUGACGGAGAGUACGUCUACCAGACUCCCAACAGCACUGGCUCUUCCUCCGGUUCCUCAAACAUCGAUGCCCUUCACGGGGACAAGGCCGGUGUUGGCUCUAUGCCCGCCCCCUCGAGCGUGGUCAUUGAUGAGCACCACUUCCCUUCUGAGGUUCAGCACCAGCAACAACCACCUAUGGCUACUGCUGAGCGCAAGCGUCUGAACCGCUUCAGCUCCAUUCCUCACUUUGGAGGCUCAGGCAACAAGCAGAUGCCCAGCAUUCAAGAGCGACGGAGCAGCAUGAUCCGAUGA